AUGUCUGAGCACGCGGCCGUGCUCUUUGAUUUGGAACACCACAUAUCGUCUUCAAAUAUUUCAAGGGCAAGCUGUUGCGGUACAUUGUGUAUAUAUUGUUUAUCACUUCGUUUUGAUCGUCUUCUUCUCCCUUCCUCGGUGACUCCGUUGGGUCGAGGGACGCAUUAG